GGCAGGGGGCGGGUGAGCGUGGCCGGGGGAGCGGGUGGCGGGAGAGGAGCGGGCAGAGCAGAACAGAGCAGGAGCCAGAGUAGCAGCAUGGAGCGGGGCGUGCGCGUCUUCGGGGACCCCAAGGUCGAACUUCAUCUCCACCUGGAUGGAGCCAUUAGACCAGAAACCAUCUUAUACUUUGGCAGGAAAAGAGGGGUUCCGCUCCCUGGCAGCACUGUUGAUGACCUCCUGAAGCAUGUCAGCUACAAAACACCACUGACACUUACCAAAUUUCUGGAGAAGUUUAAUCACUACAUGCCUGCCAUUGCGGGUGACCGUGAGGCGGUGAGGAGGAUUGCGUAUGAGCUUGUGGAAACAAAGGCAAAAGAAGGGGUCAUCUACGUGGAGAUCCGGUACAGCCCUCACCUCCUGGCCAACUGCCACGUGGAUCCCAUCCCCUGGGGCCAAACCGAGGGAGACCUCACUCCAGAUGAAGUCGUUAACCUCGUAAAUCAGGGACUACAAGAUGGAGAAAGGGAUUUCCGCAUCAAAGCCAGGUCUAUUCUAUGCUGCAUGCGCCAUAUGCCAAGCUGGUCUCCUGAGGUGGUGGAGCUCUGCAAGAAGUAUCAAAACAACUCUGUGGUGGCCAUCGACCUGGCUGGGGAUGAAAAUGCGAAGGUGGAUAAUGCCUCCGAGCAUAAGAAGGCUUACGAGGAAGCUGAAAGAUGCGGGAUUCAUCGCACUGUCCAUGCUGGCGAGGCUGGCCCGCCUGCCAUGAUCAAGGAGGCAGUUUAUCUCCUGAAGGCUGAGCGCAUUGGCCAUGGAUACCAUGUCCUGGAGGACCCUGAGCUCUACAAGGAGCUGUUGAGAGCAAAGAUGCAUUUUGAGGUCUGCCCUUGGUCCAGUUAUCUCACUGGAGCAUGUCAUCCAGACUUUGGGAAACACCCACUAACACAAUUUAAGAAGGAUCGAGCUAACUAUUCUAUAAACACAGAUGACCCCCUCAUCUUUAACUCCAAUAUUGACAAGGAUUACGGCAUAGUGAAGGACUACAUGGGCUUCACUGAGGAGGACUUCAAGAGAGUGAACAUCAAUGCAGCUCAGUCCAGCUUCUUACCUGAGAAGGAAAAGCAGGAGCUGCUCAACACCCUGUACGCAGCCUACGGGAUGGACCCCAGCGCGUCGUGACCCGUCCCUGCAGCCAGCCUGGAGCUGUGGCCCUUCUGCAUGUGUGCUCAACUCCUCUGUGCGGGUGGGAGCACCGGGAGAAGGUGCCCAGAGCCGCUCUCUGUUACUGGCAGCCCUGUGUUUACCCUUACAGUGCUCAGCAUAAUUGGGCUAUCACAUACACCCACCUAUGACCCCACAAACUCUCUCCCGAAUUAAUAUCCAGCUUCCUUUCUUGUUGCCUUUCCUGCCCCCUGCGCCUUCUUUCCCCCUGCUUUAUCUGACCUGCCCAGCCCUUGCCUGCAGUGCAGAAACAACCACCUUUAACUGUGACUGUGGCCUGGGUUAAUCUAAACCUUCAUAGCAAAAAGGUGUUUUGGUGCUGACAGGGAGUCAGCACUUAAGAAACAGGCUUUAUUCCCAUCUGUGUGGGUAGGAGGGCUUGGCCACGGCUGUAUUUACAAAGGGUUAGUCUUGUACUAACAAGACCGGAACAAGAACAAACUGGAAGCUUGUGCUCUUGCCCAUGCACACGUCCAAAGGGCAUUUGAAAAAGAAAAUACACACAGCUGGCCAUGACCAUGCUCCCGCAUGUAUAGGAAGCUGGAACAUAUUUUUACCGUUUUGGGCCAAAAUCUGCUUUCUGGGACUUUUCCCAAUUUUAUACUCAUCCUGAAGAAUUCCUGUGAACUGCAGUUUGCUCUUCCUCUGUCUUUAAGACUUGGAAAAACCAUGAUCGAUUGCCUGUUUUAACCAUUCUGCCCUCUUCCCAACUUGAGGCACUUCUAAAUCUGAAUAUUUAAUCUUUAGGCACUAUUAAAACUGAAUAAGUACAUUAAUAAGCCAGCACCCUCUGUGAUGUGCUGACUCAGGUCCCAUCUCAAUCGCUUCUCUCACUCACCCACAACACUGGCUAGAAGUCAGACCUAAGUGAUUUUGGUGUAUUCUAGUAUUUUCACUUCUGCAUGCAGACAGGAGACCAUCAUUUUCUUACGUGUGUGUGGUGUGCUUUAGCAUCCCGGGGGGCUGCCAAGGUGCUUCCUCCAAAGAUACUGUACCAAAAAGUUGCCUUUGACAAGGGGCCCUGGUCACCAUGACCGUGGACCGUGUGUGAGACUGGUCCAGUCUCAGCCGGCGGUGACCGUGUGCUGGGAGUAUUUCCAUUCUUUCUGGGCUUCCCUAUUUGUCUUCUGAGUAAAAGACUGAUCUCUGAAGGUAUGUGGUGCAUAUAUACACCUAUAGAGAGAGAGCUAGUUAGAUGGAUAUGAGAGUGAAUUUCUUCCUUUUAUAAAGCAAAUGAUAAAACGUCACUUUUAAGAAGAUGACUGCAGUAAGAACCAGGCUUUUUUUGGGUAAUUUUUCUGCAAAAAUGGUUUCAGAAGGAGAGUUGCUUGUUUGGAUUCUGAACGGUGGAUUGUUAAUCCUGUUUAAUAAAAUAACUGAUUUCUAUUAAAAA